AUGUACUAUGCGUUGAACAUCUUGUUGCCUUGUGUUGCCAUCUCCGUGCUGGUCCUGAUUGUCUUCUGCCUACCAUGCGAGUCAGGAGAGAAGAUCUCACUCAGUAUAACCACAUUGGUGGCGCUGACCGUCUUCCAGAUGACAAUAGCGGACAAUAUACCGAAGACAUCGACGCACACGCCAAUAUUGGGGAUUGGGCUCAUUUCUUUGACUGGCAUGUCCAUCCUUUCGAUCGUAGCGACGGUGUGCAUCUUGAAACUGUUCUACAUGCCAGAUGAUGUGAACAUGCCCAGAUGGUUCAACACAAUUGUGUUUCGAUGCCUUGCAAAGAUCGCAUGUUCUAAGAGCGUAAAUGAAGAAGGCCAACGGAAGAAAUUUCACGAACCAGGUUCUGUGAAUCCGGUUGAAAGGAAAGAGGUCCAAUCCAGUUGUGGUGACGGGGCUCGCGCUGUUAAUGAAAACAACCAGAAGAAGUGGGUCAGCGCAGCCCGUAUACUUGAUAAAUUCAUGUUGUAUGUCUUUACCAUCGCCUUCUUAGGUAUCAGUGCGUUCUGUAGUGUCCAUAUGUUUGUCACUUAA